AAUCGGGCGACCCAGUGGUGGCCCGGUCCUGGUAAGCAGCCAAUGAGAGUGAACCUUUUCAAUGGUACUCGCAGAUGCGGACUUGGGGUUGUCAAGGCCUCGACAUGAGACGGUGUCUUAGCAGUAAUUCAUGACAGUUCACCACUCAUCCCCCUUUGGUUCUCAACAUCACUUAUCGUCGUUUUCCCCCACUUCAGGUACCGAAGUGACCCGCUGGCGCCUGCUGAUUUGUCUCGUGCACGGUCUGACAAAGGAACGUACCUACAUAUACAGGCGACUUACACGAGCCACGCAACCGCCAACAUGAGCAGCAACGACCUAUCCCAGAUCACUAACCAGAUCCCUGACUUUAUUGGCGGGCUACCCAGGAGUAGGCAAACCAAGGUCCCUGCCCCACCGGAUGAAUUCGGAGAGUACUUUGAUUAUAAACGUUUCUACGAGGGAACCCCAGCCGCCGAUGGCGACUCGCGGAGCCGGUCAGACGCUUCGUCUAUUCCGGGACUAACAUCCGGCCCUUCGGAGGAAGACGGCGCAGCGUCCCCGAGGUCCACAGAGGAUCCUUUCCAAUUCAAGGAAGCCGUUGAGAAGAUUAAGCAACACGAUGAUCGCUUCACCCUCCCAGCCCGCGAGAUCAGACCCAACGGUAUCGAACCCUAUCCAUGGCAGAUGGAAAUCGAUAACACACUAGCUUCGGGUGGAGCCGAGAUCCAGGGGCUUGGCAGUAGUAGUAGCCCACAGUCCCCGGCUUCCUCCAACGGAGCAUCGUCAUCGUCGUAUCAGAGCUCCACCUCGGCUGAUUCGCCGCUCAGCCGUGGCAAACGACAUCGCCCCCUAGACAACCCCGAGAAGGUUGCUCAGAUGCGCAAAGUUGGCGCUUGUUUCCGCUGCAAAGCACGCAAGGUCCCAUGUGGAGAAGGAGUCGCUUGCUCGCGUUGCGUGACCGAUGCAGGCAAGUAUUGCAGCGACGACGGUGAGCUAGCCGAACACAUGUGCUUCCGAAAGCCGAGCCCUAGCAGCGACCUCGCCUUCCAUAUUAUCUGGAAAGAGAAAACAAACCAACCCACCGCGUCGCAAAGAGGUAGCAAGUCGAUGUGGAACGUAUACUUCACAUCAGCCGACCCUCCCCUAGUACUUCCAGUCUCGCGCGACGAGCAGGCAUGGUGUGGGCUGCAAUACAACCAAGGACAAGAUAUCCAUCAAUACGUUUUGAACCCAAUUGGCGUCCCCGACUUUGACGCUACACUGAUCAAAUGGGCCUCGUGGCAGAUGCUCAAAGUUGAAGAACGGAGUUUUCAAUCGGCUCUGGAUAUUCUGGUUAGCACAUAUGCUCGAGAAGAGCAAUACCAACUCCCUCACUACGCCCUGGUGCGUAAAGUCCACGAUUUGAGGUGUAUGUACAAAAUUUGGCGGCAAAAGGAAUUCUUCUGCCACAGAUUCCAAGGACCUCACUUAGAACCGCUCCCCGAACGGAUCUGUCAGGAUUUGAAGGGAAUUAUUGUCCACAGGAUGAAGACACUUGAAUCCGACAUUUGGGCACAGUUCUAUAAGCUCUUGGAGGCGGGUUUGAAACCGAUCGAUCGUCUACCUCUCUGGGCUUGUAUGAUGCAACUCGUCUUGAUGUAUCGGGACAUAUAUAUCCUGAAUGGAUCGAAAGGCCCCUAUGGAGAAUCGUUGCAAUUACAAAUUAUGACGACCAGCCUCUUCGAAAAUUUGGUUGUCAUGUGCGAGAUCGCGUUCGGUAAAAAGAAGCCGGAAGCAAUGACUGACGACGGAAAUCCUGGUAAAAGGCAAUUAAACGCGGAUUUCGAAAAAGUAAAUGGCCGAAGAGAUGAGUUUUAUAAAUCUAUCGAGAACUGCGUUACGUAUACGCACUCUUCUAGCCUCGACCGCCUUUUCUGUGUUCUAUUGAUUGGAACACAAAAAGGCGCCACAAAGAAUGGGGCUCGAGCUCCUAAGCGAGCCAAGAGAUAA